AUGUGGUUGACCCGCGAGCUGCACACAACGUACGGCCCAGCGGUCCGCAUUGGCCCCAAUGUGCUCGACCUAGAUAUCCCCGAGUCGAUCAAGACAAUUGACAACAUCAAAUCGGAUUAUUUGAAGGUGAACAUCUCUCUUACCGCCCAUAUCGAUGAUAUGAUCUCCUACUUAUGUCAACGCCUAGAGGAGAAAUUCAUCGAUAGAUCCAACCCGACUGAGACACGCGACCUAGGUGAAUGGAUUGCGGAUUACACCUGGGACGUGGUUGGCAAUGCCACAUUCCGCCAGCUAGUUGGUUACCUAGAAAAAGGGUGCAACUUUGACAAGACCCUGCGUAUCGCGAAUUUCGCCAUGGAUUUUGCCAUGGACUACUUUUCUCUACACCUCAUGGAUCGAUUUCAGAACAAGGACACCCACUACCAUGACCCCAGCAAGCCCGAAUUCCUAUAG